AUCUUGUUGAGGAGAACCAUGGUUCAGAUGUCCUGGUUGCUCUACGGAGCACAAUCGAGCAAUGGAAAGGUGCGUAUAUAUUCCAACGCGCCAGAGAAGCCGGAAAGUGUGGAUUUUCUAACCUAUACGUGUGCUACAUUACAACGGAUGCACAAGUAUUUGUCAAACGAAAAGCAAAAUUUCAAGUCGUGCACCGCUGGCAGAUCGUGUCAGAACUGCCAGACAGAAAUCACCCAUCGAUUUUUGACCAACGAAAUCAAAUCCAUCUCGUAAAGCAUAUUAUUCCUUUAGCCAAUUCGCAUACAGUGCCGGCAUUCAACGAAACAGAUGUCGUAGAUUUUUUGGACACCGCAUUCGGGAAAUACGACGACAGCAACACACAAUUUCCUGACACCCGCGAUCGGUUAUUUGUAGGACUUGGGGCAGAAACAAUCACCGUUAUAAUUUUAGACAUUUCGAAAUUACGGCAAGGUCAACACAAUGCAACGUGGUGGACGGGUGGAAUUCACGAAAAACUGGUAGCUGCGGAGAAAUGUUUACUGAAAAGAGGCAUCUCGUUUUAUUCAUAUGGACCCUCACCCUGUGAGAUACAGAUGUUCGACGGCAACCCUAUAGAAAACGGGAGGAGGUUUCAGAUGUCGCUUGCUGUCUUGACUUUGGACGUCACAGCAGAACUUCUGGCACUUCUGGAUGUUCAUUCUCUUGCCAGAGCACGACGGGUAUGUUCGUUGUGGGACACGCUGGCAAACGCCAAGGGAUUCUCAUCCAUAAUAAUAAUUGACUUCAAUCACAUCUGCACUGAAAGGAUGAUUCGCUGGGACACAAAAGGAUACUGCACUGGCUUUGUACUGAAUCAGAACAUCAAAGGUCAUACGAAAGUUCUUGUGCUGCUCAAUAUGAUAGAAGAACACGAAAUGUCCGCGAUGGAAAACGUAAUUUCCAGUUUCCUGAUCGUGAAACGCAAACGUUUAUCAACUAUCGUUGUGAAGAAUUAUUACCGAAAAGUUUGUUUGCCGUUUUCUGCUGGGUUGCAAUCUACCCCAAUAACUAUGUGGCUGGCAAGACGCUGCAGAAUAUUGAUACUGUUGAACUUCAGUGUUACGAUCCCCAACAGCACCCGACCAUAUUAUUUUUAUAAAAUGCCAGGCUACCGCCAAGCGGACGAUAGCGUGCGCCUUUUGAUCACCAUUCCUUUCAUAAAAAUUGAUGGUGUGCACGAUGAUAUUAAGAACAUCGUACGUCGGUUUAAAGCCGCGUUAAACGAACACUGUCCGAUCUUGGAUGAUGUGAUCGCAGAUAAGUUAAAACAACUGUAUGCCAACUGGAUUCGAACAGUUCCGCAAACCCCGCCGAAUGACGUAUGCUGGGGAGGAUUUAAAUCUUAUCUCGCACUGUUCGACUGCAACGAUACACCGGAUAGCGUGUGGGUUAACUUUGACCCGAGCAACUUCGAUGAAAGGCUUUUUGGAAACGUGCCAAAAGCGAUCAUGGCACGAGAUUAUUUGGGAUGGUCACCUUCUGGGCAAGCCCCUUGUUUACUGGACUGUCAAUGAAACAAGGAGCUGCUAGGCUUGUUUGAUCGCGCUUUCUUGUUGCUGAAGUUUUGGCAUGCAUGUCAAGAACGUCAUGGAGGCUAGAAAAACGUUAGUUGCGUCUUUGUCGAGCACUGUGAAUUGUAACCAAGCCUCUCCUAUUGUUAUGCCUUAUGCGAUGAACUGUAUUAGCUUUAGUAAGGUUUUUUUUUGUUAAUUCAAUUCACCAACAGGUUUUACCUUUUAAUUACAUUAAUUUGU